UGUGGGUGGUGUGGGGUGGGUUGUCCGUGUGUGGGGUGGGUGGUGUGUGUGGGGUUGUCAGUGGGGGGAGGGGGGUAAUUCCUGCAGCCACGACUAUGGCCACGGCGGCAGUGGCGGCCGCAGUGGUUUCCCACAUCAACCCGCGCCAGGACUUCCCGGCGUGGCUGGCCGCUCACGGCGUGAGCCUCAGCGUGGCCGAGGCCGUGGACCGGGAGCUGGGCAUCGGCGACUACGAGGCCUUCCUGGCGUGCGCCGAGCAGCCCCACGUCAGGGCCGAGAUGUUCGCCGCCGCCAGGGAGCGGCUGCCCUUCGCCUUCUACGCCGUGCUGCGCCGCCUCACCGAGGCCUCGUCCCCCAAGGGCCACGACGGGGCCGGCGGCGGCCUCCAGGCCGCUGGCAACACGGCGGCGUUCCAGCCGUUCCUGAGCGGCCUCCUGGACGCCAUCGUCCUCAUGCUCAACAGCCUGAGCCAGGAGCUGCUGCACUCGGCCGAGAGGUUCAGCUGCCUGGAGCCCGCGCUCUACCCCGUGGUGUCGCUGGACGAUGGAGUGGCGAGCCACCUCGCCUCGGAUGUGGCAGAAGUGGUGGGAGAUGUGUCUGGGAGUGAAGUAAAUCACCGGUCACCCGACCCGCAUUCAGACAUUCAGCAAGAGCACAGCCUGCACCAUGCGUGGGCAACCAAUGGAGACAAAGUUGAGAGGCUCUUUCAGAAUAACGUGGAAGAGAAGGCAGACUUGCCUCAAGUUGGGGAUUGCUGGAGCGCCAUCGAGGAGUCUCCUUGUGAAGUGGAGGAGACUGAUGUGAACGUGACGUGGAGAGAGGUCAAAGCAGAAAGGGAUGACGUCAGAGACGGAGAAACAGAGGCGACGGACGAGGAGUGUUUCUCUGUCAUCACGAGAACCACCAACCAAAGCGCUCCAACCAAACUCGGCUACAACGGCGAGCUGCACUGCGUCGACCACCCACACAGGGAAGACGCCGCAUACUAUCCCUACAGGCGCGACACCGCCACGGCUGCCGAGUCGUACGACGGCCAGCAGGUCUGGCAGCAGCACCAGCAGCGACUGCUGGCGCCGCCGCUUGACGGACACCGAUGCGAUUCCUCCGAGCCAGGCGAUGGCAUGGAUAACGCGGCGCCGUCUGGGGAGCGGCGGCCGGACAACAGCGGCGGCGGCAGCAGCGCCGGGCGCAGGGACAGCCCGCACUCGUCCACCAAGCCUUUCGGCUGCCGCGAGUGCGGCGCUCGCUUCGCCACCAAGUACAACCUGCGGGUGCACGAGAGACGGCACACGGGCGAGCGGCCGUUCGCGUGCGAGGUGUGCGGGCGGCGCUUCUCUCGCUCCUACUGCCUGGGCCGGCACAAGCGCUGCCACGUGCUGCGGCCCCUGGAGCGCGUCGCGGCUACCACCGCCACGCAGCCGCUGCGUUCGCUUCCCUAGCGUUGGGCUGGCGUCGCGGCUAGUUGUGAGCAGCGUGAAGAUGGCGGUUCCUGCAGGCCUGAGGGAGGACGUUGAUUUGCGUGUGGCCAGAAGCAGCGCCACGGAAAAAAACGAAUUAUGCACAUUAUUCAAAUGGAACGUCGAGCGGUGUGUUUUAUUUAUUGUCAUAAUUCUUGGAGGUGGGUGGAAGUGGCACUAACAUUUUGAACAUUGUUGAAAAAGAUUUCUGUGUUUAAAAAAAAAACCCCAGUCUGUUGUAGUGACAGGUAGGAAUGGAAUUUCAUGCUUGUGCUGUAUAAAACUGGGUGAUUUUAAAGUGCAAACCAUUGUCAGUGUAAAUGCUGUUCGUACAGCGAGCGUUUAUUUAAACGAGUUUGAUUGGCAGUUGGGGUGUGACAUGGUCAUGAUGUGUAGGCGUCAUCUGGUAAUGUCGCCCACUCAACCUUGUGAGAAAGCACAGCAGCGGAGAGAGGUGGUGGCAGGAGUUUCCUAUACCUUGGUGUAAGGAGAGGCAGAGCCACCAUUGGGGUGGCCACCAAUCAAAAGGAGGAAGGUGGAGCCUGAGAAACAAAGGGGCGGGGACUAGGUGGGGUAGACAUUCACAGCUGAAUAAUAACCAUCAGGAGGCAAGAGGCUUUCGGAGGCAAACCUCGGACUCUGGGUUUGUACCAGAAACGUAUUGUCAAGCCAAUUCGUCAAAACGUUGUAGAGAGCUACAGGAACACAUUGCAUCUACACAAGAUUAGUUUAUUUUCUUCAAACAAAUUCAUAUGCAUUAUGUGACCUCCUUUGCCAGUACCAAAAUAUGAGAAUAGGUUUUCCCCUUUUUUCUGGCCACAAAACAGGUGUUAAGAUGUUAAAACACCAAACCGAAACCUUUUACAAGGAAUCAUGUCU